AUGGAUCGCAAGGACUACUACACUUCGAAGGGCGAUGUUGUCGACGUCGACGAGAAGGACUCCAUCCCCUAUGAGCCUGAGCGACAGCCCACCCACAUGACAAAGGACGAGACCAUCGCAAAGGUCCUCGAGGUCCACGAAGGAGGCAACUACCACCACCACAAGCUCGGACACCAUGACCGCGACGUCGACCGCGUCCGCAACAUCGUGGACCUCAUCGAGGACGGUGAGCGCAAGUACCACAAGCUCUCAUGGUGGAGGCUAUACAUCGUCAUGCUCGUCUCGGCGGUGGCGCUCGGAACGCUGUCCAUGCCCUCCGUCUUCGCCACUCUUGGUAUCAUCGGUGGAACGAUCACCAGUGUAUCGAUGGGCUGUCUCUCCGUGUACACCUCUUACGUUGUCGGCCAGGUCAAGAUCAGAUACCCUCAAGUGCACCACUGGUCGGACGUUGGUCGCGUGCUCAUCCCUGGGAAGGGUGGAGUGUUCCUGAGUCGGUUCAUGGCCUGCGCCUACGUCUUCUUCGUCUGUCUCGCCAUCGGAUCGCACUACCUCACGGGCAAGGCCGCGUUCCGGACGAUCGUCGACGACCAGGCCAUCUGUGGUGUCGUCUGGAGUGUGGUGACCCUCGUCGUCAUGUUCGUCUUCUCGCUUCCGCCGUCAUUCAACGAGAUCUCGUGGCUCGGCUACGUCGACUUUGCGUCCAUCAUGUCCGCCGUGUUCUGCACGCUCAUUUCGACCGGCAUUAGCGCGCACAAGAAGGACUGGAACACGGGAUGGAAGGCGACUGCCCUGCCCGGUACGACGUUCGAGCGCGGUCUUGUCUCGGCCUCGAACGCCAUUUUCGCCUACGCCUUCAAUGUCGGCCAGUUCUCCUUCAUGGAGGAGAUGGCCAACAUCGAGGACUACCCCAAGUCUAUUUACGCCCUCGGCAUCACCAUGAUUUGCAUUCACACCUCCGUCGGCGCUCUUGGAUACGUUUUCGUCGGACCUGGCAUUAAGAGCCCCGCCCUGCUCUCCGCUGGCCACACCAUGGCGCGCAUUGCUUUCGGCCUCGCUCUCCCCGUCAUCUUCAUCUCCGGCGCCGUGCUCUGCGUUAUGAACGGUCGCUUCAUCAUGGACAAGAUGUACCCGAACAGCGUUGUUCGCUAUGUCAACACUGCGCGCGGUUGGGCCAUUUGGAUCGCCAUCAUCGCCGCCCUCUCGCUCUUCUCGUGGCUCGUCUCCGAGGUCAUCCCGGGCUUCAACGCGCUGCUUGGUCUCGUCGGAGCGCUCUUCAACACCGCCACGACUGUCUAUGGCCCGAGUGUGAUGUGGUUCGUGCUCGUCCGCAAGGGACCGUGCUUCGGCACUAGGAGGAACACCAUCCUGACUCUGGUGAACGGCUUCAUUAUUGCCAUUGGCCUCUUCGUCCUCGUCGCGGGAACGUACGCUUCGAUCAAGGACAUCGUAGACUACUACAACCAGGUGGACGUCGGCAAGCCUUUUUCGUGCAAGGCGUAG